AUGGUGAUGGCCAGCGCCGGCGUCAACGUGCCCGGCGGCGACGAGGUACGGAACCCGACCGCUGCGUCCGCGUCCACCCCAGAAUGCCGGAUGCGCAGGCGCCACCGCCUCGAGCCCCAAGGAUCCGGCGACGCCGCCGCCGCUGCGGCGCCGGGCCCGAGCUGGGUGCGCCGUCUCCGUCCUGCGGCCUCCCGGUUCUCGCCGUCGCCGUCGCCAUCGCUGUCGCCGUCGUCGUCCCAGAGCUCUGCGGACAGGCCCAACGACGAGGAGCAGGAAGAGCUCGACCAUGAGGUGGAGGUGGAGCUCGCGCCGGCGGGGCCGCAGCUCGAGCCCGGCGAGGCUGAAGGUGAACCUGAAGCCGAGGCCGUCGCCGUCGCCCCGCAGGUGUGGCCCGUGGCCUUCGGCUCCCUGUCCAUGGCGGGGCGGAUGCGGAUGAUGGAGGACGCCGUCUCGCUCCAUCCGGACUUGUGCACCUGGGCCGCCGACGGCUCGCCCAUGCACUUCUUCGGCGUCUUUGACGGCCACGGCGGCUCCCAUGUGUCCGCGUUAUGCCGGGACCGGAUGCACGAGGUGGUGGCGGAGGAGCUGGCCAGGGAGGGAGCCACCUUCCUGCGGCGGCGGCAGGAGUCGGCGGCGUCGGGCAGCGCCGCCUGGUCGGAGCGGGCGGAGGAGGAGCGCGCGUGGCGCGCGGCGCUGCAGCGGGGCUUCCGGCGGGUGGACGAUAUGGCGGCGCUGGCGUGCGCGUGCGGGCGCGUGGCGCGGCCAAGCUGCAGCUGCCCGCUCGCCGGCACCUCCUCCGGCAUCGUCGGCUCCACCGCCGUGGUGGCCCUCCUCGUCCGCGGCCGCCUCGUCGUCGCCAACUGCGGCGACUCCCGCGCCGUGCUCUGCCGCGGGCCCGCCGGGACGCCGCCCGUCCCGCUCUCCUCCGACCACAAGCCAAAUCGGGCAGACGAGAAGGCGCGGAUCGAGGCGGCCGGCGGGCGGGUGGUGUUCAACAACGGGCACCGCGUGCGUGGGAUCCUCGCCAUGUCGCGCGCACUAGGGGACAGGCUGCUGAGGCCGGAAGUGAUCGCUGAGCCGGAGAUCACCGUGACGGAGCGAACGGUGGAGGACGAGUGCCUGAUCCUGGCGAGCGACGGGAUGUGGGACGUGAUCAGCAACGACAUCGCCUGCAACGUGGCCCGCCAAUGCCUGGAGGACGGGAACCCGCCUCCCGCCGACCCCACUGCGGGAGGAGGAGGAGGAGCUCCGGCCGCCGGCGUAGUCGUCGUCGCCGCCCGCGAGGCCGAGCCCCGGUGCCUCCGCGCCGCCUCGCUCCUGGCCAGGCUCGCCAUCGGCAGGGAGACACAGGAUAACGUCAGCAUCGUCGUCGUCGACCUCAAGCACAGGGACUGA